UGCAUGGCCGGAUCUCGGCGUAUCGUUUCAAAACAAAGCACUUACUCUUUUGGACGUCGCGUCUGAGAUUGAUUGAAUAAAGACGUUUUGUUUAUGAAAAGUAAUUUAUUUGUAAAAAACAGCCACAAGAUGUUUGUCAAUAAGCUUCGAGCUUUUAUUUCCUGUCCUUCGCAGUGUCGUCACAUGGCUACUGUCAAAAGGUUCUACAAGAACACAGGAAUAUUGUCAAAUGGUGAUAAGUUUGAAAUAACUUUAGAUCAAAGACGUUUGAAGACACCAAUGGGAAAGGAAUUUUAUGUAAAAAGUAAACCAUUGGCUUUGGCCAUUGCUCAUGAAUGGGACAGUCAAAAAGAUAUCAUUAAUCGCACUAAUAUGCACUUGACUGCUUUAAGCAGCACAGUACUAGAUAAUCCAAAUAAACUUACAAAAAGUGAUAUUGCCAAAUAUAUAGUUGAUUUUCUAGAGACUGAUGCGUUACUCUUCCAGGCCAGUCCCAAUGAUAGUGAAACAGACGAAUUGUAUAAAUUACAACAGGAAAAAUGGGAUCCUGUAAUUCAAUGGUUUUGUGAUAGAUAUAGGGUAAACAUUGUUAAAACAAGGAGUAUAGAUGCACCCAAUGUACCACAAAGUACAAAAAAUGAAUUAAUAAAACAUUUGUUAUCUUACAAUGAAGAGGCAGUUUUUGGUUUCAUGUAUGGAGUAGAUACUGUGAAAUCUGUUAUUUUGACAUUAGCAGCAUCGGAGAGAGUUGUGAGCGUUGAAGAAGCUGUUGCACUUUCUCGAUUAGAGGAAGAGUUUCAGAUAUCGCAUUGGGGCAAUGUAGAAUGGUCGCAUGAACUAUCGAAAUUCGACUUGCAAUCGCGCAUGGCUGCUGCAAUUUUGUUCAUCCACUUGAACUCGUCUUUCACACAUAAUCAAUCAAAAUCAAAGAUUACAAACGCUAGUUGAGGAUGAAAAUUUGGCUUCUCACGUUAUUGCGUCGAGUGCGAGAGCUGUGGAUUUCUUUCGCAUUUGAGUAUUUCAUUUGCUGUUAGCGUGGCACAAUGAGUUAGAGCUAGUGCAAUUGAUAGGACUCGAGCAAUCGGAUCCUUCCCAGCCUUUCAUGCAAAUGCAGCUGUAAAUAGAAACAAUCUCAUUUAUAAUUACGCAAGAACUGUAAAAAAAAAAGAA